AUGACCUAUUUGUUUCCCGAUGAACCACCAAUAGCAACCCUAGCGAUGGAAGCUCCGGUAAUCCAUUCUCAUCCAAACACGACCCAACGAACCAAGAACCUGCAAACCUACACGCAUCUCCCGUUACAGCUUCACCACCGUCUUGUUGAAUCGAUACCACCAAUAACUUCCAAUUCUGAUAUAAGCCAUCACGACCAUCAGACCACUCGUCGACCUUCGACAACGACAGUCAACGUCGAGAAUCAUCACUGUCGUGGGCCCAUCUGCAAAAUAGGUGAUGCACUUCAUCAUACCAAUAGCAAAAGCCGUUGUUCAGAUCCCCUCUACACUGGUGGCCUUCGACAACAACCACCAGACAACAUCGUCAAAUCACCAGCUGUGGACUUUUUCCCUUUGGUGCAUCCUGGUACCAAUAUCCAGAUUGUCAAAAUGAAGCUGGUGACUUAUUCAAAACUAGUGAGAAAGAUAACAACGCGCCCCACUCGUGUAUCUGAUUACCCUUGGUUUGCAAUCAGAUAA